AUGGACCCGAAGGCGGGCGGCGGUGGAGGCGAGGAGGAUGACUGCGUAGACUCCGGCGCCGAGACCGGAGGGUCAGACUACAGCCACAUGUCCUCCGCCAGCAGUGAUCUGUCUGUGGAAGAGGCACAGGACCCUUUCCUAGUUAGCAUCCACAUAAUUGCAGACCCAGGAGAAUCCCAACACCUGCAGGAGGCCAUCGACAAGGUCUUGGCUUGGAUCCACCCAGACCUCCAGCUGUUCCGCGUCUCUGAGAGGAGAGCGUCGCGGAGGCGGAAGAAGACCACCAAGGCUGCGCAGCCGGCGCUGGCGGUGGUCCUGUUCCUGCAGGAGGAAUACGGCGAAGAGCAGAUCCUGCAGCUGCACCGAACGCUGCAGCGGCCGCCCUGGCACUUCCACCACGCGGAGCGCGUGCACGGCAGGUUCCUGCCCUACCUGCCCUGCAGCCAGGACUUCUUCACGCUGGCCCCCGGGACCCCGCUGUGGGCCGUCCGGCCCGUGCACUACGGCAAGGAGAUCGUCCGCUUCACCGUCUACUGCCGUCACCAGAACUACGCCGACAUCCUCAAGUUCUACGAGCUGAUUCUCAAGCGGAGCCCCAGCCAGAGGAAGACGGACUUCUGCAUCUUCCCCAUCUUCUCCAAUCUGGAUGUGGACAUCCAGUUCUCCCUGAAAAGGCUGCCCUGUGACCAGACCCCAGUCCCCACCGACUCCUCAGUGCUGGAGUUUCGCGUCAAGGACAUCGGCGAGCUCGUGCCUCUCCUGCCGAACCCCUGCAGCCCCAUCAGUGAGGGCCGGUGGCAGACGGAGGACCACGACGGGAACAAGAUCCUUCUGCAGGCACAAAGGGUGCACAGGAAGCUUUCCAAACCCAGCAGAGCCCACCACUCCUCAGAGAAGACACCUCCUUGCAUUCCCUCUCCAAACAGCACUGCACUGAGCUGCACCCCUGGCCGCAGCCAGCAGCCCCUGCCGGCCGGUCCAUGCCCGGGGCUUGGCCAGGUGCGCCUGCGUAACGGCGACCAGCAGGACUUUGCCAGACGAGCCAGCAGCCCUCCCAGCCAUCCCUGGUCUCUCCAGAGAAGCAAGUCCUUGUUUUGUUUGCCUUUGGGAGCUCCCUCCCCAGCCCCCCUGGCUGAACCACAGUGGCUCUCAUACACAGGUACCCCAGGGCAGAGGGCAGCAGAGUGGAGGCACGGCCAGCUUCUCUCCAUUGAUGACUUAGAGGGUGCCCAGGAGACUGACGUGGACACGGGCCUGAGGCUGUCCUCCUCAGACCUCUCUGUGGUGUCUGCGUACUCUGCACCCAGUAGGUUUUGCAGCAGUGUGGAGACAGGCCUCCCCUCAGAAACAUGCGGCAGCCGCUGGCCCAAGCACAAGGAUUCCAGAGAAGGACCACUGCCUGCUGUGAGCGCGGUGGCCUUCGAGGCCUCCAGGCCUUCCCUUCCUUUCUUCACCAAAGGGUCUUCCAGCUCCUCAGUGACGUCUGUUGCUGCUUCCUCGGCUUCCGGCACCUCCUCACUCACAGAGUCAUCCCAGGAACCCCCUUGUGCCCUUUCCAAAGUCAAGCCAACGGGCAGAGACAUCCCACCACCCCCAACACUGGCUGGCCCUGGAGAUGGCGAAAUGGAGGAAUUCUACAUCUGA